AAAGCACGAAAAUAUUUAUAUGACAUGAACAAACUUGCUUGAUGACAACUUUGCUCAGUCAAAUACUUAUUAUCUAUCAAUUACGUAUUUACAGAAGUCUUGAUUUGAACUACAUUUAUGCGUUUAUUUGCUAAACCUAGUCUUCCCCAAUGUUGUUUUCUUCUUAUUUCAGACAUCCUAAUGUAAUUAUAUUGACAACAUCGAACAUAACUAGAGCCAUAGACGUUGCGUUCGUGGACAGAGCCGACAUCAAACAGUAUAUUGGUCCGCCAUCAGCCAAAGCUAUUUACAAAAUUUACCAUUUGUUUACCAGUAUCAUAUCACCAGCCACUCAAAUUUUGGAUUUAAGCUUUGUCGACAACGAUGUAACACACUGUAGUCUUGAAUUAAAGAAGAUAGCCGAGUAA